AUGGCAAGAGUAGUAGAGCUACCAGUUCACACCCAUCCUUUGUUACCUUUUACUCGCUUCUCUUUUGGAACAUGUAGAGGGUGUCGGUCUUUCAGCAUGAUUUACGGAGGCUACCGCUGCAACGAGAUAGAAUGUGAUAACAUGUUUCAUAAAGAAUGUGCCGAGUCUUCCCCGGAAAUCAACCACUCUUCUCAUCCCGACCAUCCUCUCAAACUGACCUUCCUAGAUUUCCAAUCAUCUUCUUGUAGCAUAUGUCAAGAUUCGCUUGAAGCUGGUUACUCUUGCUCAGAAUGUGAUUUCAAGCUGGAUUUGGUUUGUGCGACCAAACCACCACCGCUUGUUAUACUUGAAAAGUCCAACGUUCACAAGCAUCCGCUUCAAUUCUCCCACGGAACCAAGUUGGACGAUACAUCCUCCUAUAGAGAGUGCAAAGUGUGCACCACUCGGGUUUUUGGCGGACAAAAAAUUUAUGAAUGUCGUCAGUGCGAGUUUAUCUACCAUGUGGAAUGUGUGAAACUAUUUCCAGAAGCAUAUCACACUUCCCACCCGGAACACCCGCUCAAGUACCUUAAAUGUGAUGAAGCACCUGACUACGCCAACAAGGGAUGCCUUCUUUGUGGGGUGGUGUUUAAACAACAACUACACCAUUGUGAAGUUUGUAACGUCAGCAUAUGCUAUAUGUGUAUGAUUGACCCACCACCACUUGCCGUUGUAAGCCCGACGACCCAUGAACAUCAACUUCAUCUUAUUCCAAGGCGUAUGAUCUUUACAUGCAAUGCUUGCGGGACACAAGGUGAUCGAAGCCCUUAUUUUUGUCUUGAGUGCAACUUUAUGAUUCAUCGAGAUUGUAUCGAUUUGCCACGCGUUAUAAACAUCAACCGCCACGAUCAUCGCAUUUCUUACACCCGUCGCCUUGGACAUGGAGAGUGGAAAUGCGGAGUUUGUCGUCGCAAAGUGGAUGAGUUCUACGGUGGUUAUUCUUGCUCAAAAUGCUCUGGUUACGUUGUUCAUUCAGGAUGUGCAACGAGAAGUGAUGUAUGGGACAAGAUCGAACUAGAAGGAACACCGGAGGAGCCUGAGGAAAUUGCGCCGUUCGUGGUGAUUGACGAUAACACGAUCAAACAUUUUAGCCAUGAUCAUCACUUACAUAUCAACAAGGACGGUCCAAGUCUGCAUGAAAAUACAUUAUGCAAGGCAUGUGCUUUCCAGAUUUGUUCGGAAUCAUCCUACAGUUGCGGCCAAUGUGACUUCAUUCUCCACGAAAAAUGUGCUAACCUUCCUCGAAGAAAACGACAUGCGUGUCAGGUCCAUCCACUCUCACUGAAAACGGAUUAUGAAGAAGCUUCUACCUGCAUUCUUUGUCAUAACCUGUUCACCGGUUUCAGGUACCAGUAUGAUUAUUUAAACAUUAUAGAUGUACGAUGUGGUUCAGUUUUAGAACCAUUUGUACACAAAAGUCAUCCACAUCCUUUGUACUACGCUAGAAAUAAAUCUACAUGUAGCGAAUGUGGAAAAGAGGGAUACUGGAACUUAAGUUGUGAUGAGUGUGACUUUAGCUUGGACUUCAAGUGUGCUCUUUUACCUCCAACGGUAAUGAAGCAUAGGUAUGACGAUCAUCCUCUGUUCUUGUCUUGUGGUGAAAGCUGUGUGGAUGGCGAAUAUUGGUGUGAAGCAUGUGAAACAAAAGUGAACCCGAAAAAAUGGUUCUAUACAUGUAAUGAUUGUGGUGUCAUACUGCACAUUGCCUGCAUUUUUGGAGAGUUCUCAUAUCUUCUGCCAGGUUCAGCAAUUAGCCUUGAUGAACAAGUGGUUAUACCCAACACCUCUAUAUGUAGACUACUUUGCUUUGUGUGUAACUCUAGAUGCAUGCUUCCUUCUUUUCUCAAGUAUUCUGAGGGCGGAGUUGAUGUACAAGUUUGUUCUUACAAAUGUCUCGAUAAAUAUGUAUUUCACUAG